AUGCUUCUGGUUUUACCCAUUGAACUUAACUACCCGCCUCUGCAAGCCCUCCGGCGUCACGAGUUCUAUCUCCUCUGGGUCAUCAUGCUGUGCAACAUAAUCCCCAUCACCCUCAUCACUGCCUCCUUUAAGCUGGUGGGUCAGGGGCACAUCUCCGACGAUCGGUUCCUCUCCGGUGUGGCGACGGCCAGCUCCAUUUUCAAUUCGGGUGGACGCAUUAUUUGGGGCGCUGUCUGCGACAAGGUCUCCUUCAAGGUGCCCCUGGGUGUCAUACUGUUGAGUUGGGCUGCCAUCCUCUUCUCCUUCCCGUACAUCGUUGCCGUGGAAGUCGGUGCGAUGGCCUUCUACGCCAUUUGGGUCUGCCUCCUCUUCCUCUGCCUCUCCGGUGUUUUUGUGCUCAUGCCGGCCGCAACAGGACGCAUCUUCGGGCCGGUGUACAUGGCUGUCAACUACGGCAUGGUUUUCAGCGCAUUUGUACGUUUUUCAUUGUGCCAGAAUUCAGGAAGUAUUCAGUGCUAUGAUUUGCCAAAUUCUUUCGGCCUCAUAACUAUCGCCUCUUGUUUAGCCUUCUUCGUACUGAUCUGGCUGGACGACCCUUUUAUCCCGAAGAGGGCCAACCUCUGCUCCCCGUGCACUGGCGUCCUUCAACGCCUUCAACCCAAGGUUCCCUUGAAACCGCCUAAAAGGCAGGAGGAGACUGCAGAGUCUGUGUGA